AUGAUCGGUCAUCCUCCAAUCAACUAUUGGAACUAUGAUCCUACCACAGGCCAAAUCGAUCUCUCGCGAGGAGCAAAAGAGAAGACUCUAGACCUACAGACAACGACAAAUCCUAUCCGAUUGGACACCAACAGAACAGCACUAGUCAUUAUAGACAUGCAGAAUCUAUUCUUGUCACCCCAUCUACGUCCAGCCGGGAUACCAAAAGAUGAGCAAUCACCUGGACAAAGAGCUGCGAAGGCGUUGAUAGACGAAGGACUUUCGGCAGCGAGAACUGCCGGGAUCCAGGUCAUCUGGUUGAAUUGGGGACUUACGGAGGAAGAACUGGAGACUAUGCCACCUGGUGUUAUGCGGGCAUUUGGGAUAUACGAGACAAAGACAAAGACCUCAGCAACAGCUGAUGCCUCGGUCAUAGAGGAUGAACCUCCAAAUAUGCUGCGAAGCAGGAAUCCGAACGUCUACAAGGGUCCUGGACAAUCUCUUGGGCUGAUAACCCUGGACAAUGAGAUAGUAGAUGGUGGAAGGAUGUUGAUGCGUGACUCAUGGAACUGUGCCCUCUAUCCACCCCUAGAGAAAGAGUUUCUCAAAGGUUCUGCUCCCUCUCCAGAUCAUCCCGAUGCAAAAAAGGAUAUCAUCAUAAACAAAAAUCGAAUGUCGGGUCUUUGGGGCUCUGAUCAGGAGUUGGAAAGGUUUUUGGAAGUGGAGGGUAUUACGAGUUUGCUUUUUGCGGGUGUUAAUCUUGACCAGUGUGUUGGAGGGACGCUGGUUGAUGCAUUUAAUAAAGGGUAUGAUUGUAUUCUGUUGAGAGAUGCAUCUGGGACAAGCUCGCCGGGAUUUUCGGAGCAAGGGUGGCAUUACAAUAUCCAGAACUGUUGGGGAUUUGUGACGACUUGCAAAGCUCUGAAGGAGGCUAAAUCCAGCUCAUGA